GAGAUUCCUUCCUUUGCUCUCCAGGCCCAUCAGCAGAGCAGAAAAGCUGACCGCUGGCUGGCCGUGGGGAAGUAUGAGGAAGCCGUUUCGUGUCACCGAAAGGCAGCAGCGUAUCUUCUGGAAGCUAUGAAGUUGACUCAGUCAGAUCAGGCCCAAUUAUCCCUGGAACUGCAAAGGGAGAGUCACCUGAAACAGAUCCCCCUUAUCCAAGAACAAUGGAAAAGAGCAAAAAGGGACGAAAGAUUAAAAAUCCGCCCUCUUGUGGACAAAGAGAGCACGGCCCAUCUGCAGAGCUCCUCUAAGGCCUCAGCUGGGGAACCUGAUGACCAACACGGAACGCCUGCCAGCCUCAAGUACAGGCCCUCCUCGGAGAAGGAAAGGAAAGGGUUCCGUGGGGUCUUGGACAGGGAUCCAGACACAUUGCUCUUUCUGCUUCAGAAGAGGAAGGAGCCGCCUCUGGAAGUGUGUAUGAACAACAGACCUCCAAAGGAUGACAAGAUGAAAAUGGAGGAGCAGGCCACCAAAAUUGCAGUCCUAGAACAGCACGUGGAGAUGCUGUUUGCUGAAAAUGAGAGACUGAGACGGGAGAACCAGCAGUUAAAAGCUGAGAGAGCCAGGCUGCUGAAGUCUCCCCUGGAAAAGGAGCUGGAUGCAGAUGCUGACUUUGUGGAAAAGUCAGAGCUGUGGGGCCUCCAGCAGCUUUCGGAACCUGCCGCUGCCGCCGCCGCCACCCCCUGGCAGAAAUUGGCUGUCAGUGCUGGGAAGGCCAAGGACAUUCCCAUCCCCAGCCUUCCACCCUUGGACAUUCCCUCCCCGGAGUUCCCUCUGGUGGAGCUCUCGGAGGAUCUCCUGAAGGGGCUCAUGAACAGCUAAAGGAGGAAGACCAUUGGUGGGGAGGUGGGUUCCCCCUGCGCUUUGGGGAAGGGACGCUGCUGAGACAGCCGUAACUGACUUGCUCAGUGAAAAAAAUGCUUGAUGUCAUGAAUUGGUGAAGCAAAGGUGGAACCAUUUACCAUCGUUGGUAAAAGCUGAGCCUUCUUUGUUCUUUCUUCAAGCCAAAGGACUGAAGGAGGGAGACUUGAGCCAAAGGUCCUGCGGGGCGCUCUCUCUCUCUCUCUCUCUCUCUCUCUCUCUCUCUCUCUCUCUCUCUCUCUCUCUCGACUGUUCUUUGGGUGUAACGGAUCACUUUAUGCCAUAAAGUAAGGUAAAUCCCACGUGGCAAUGCAAGACACUUUCUAUCAUGCAUCGGAUUGCUGUUUCUUUUAAUUAUGCACAGAAAGUAGUCAACAAUUCUUGUUUCUCUCCCUUUGCAGGAUGGAUCUGUGUGCCACACUUUGCACUUCUAGUACUGUAAUCUCAGUCAAUCAGAAGUAAAGCUAAAUUUCCAGAUAUUUUUAAGGACCCAAAUUUAAUUCUGCUGAAAUAGUUUGAUUUGUUUACAUAAUCAGGGUGCUUCAUAAUAUGUUUUCUGUAUAUGAAACAAACAUGGUUCUAAACAAAUAGAUAAGAAUAAUUGUUGUUGCAUGACAGGAGGGCAUAGUUGACGAAGAAUAAAACGUUCCAGGUCUAUCUUGAA